AUGUUUUCUUAUAAUUUAGAGUCCAAUAAUGCAGGUUAUUUAAAUCAUCAUCAUAGCCGUCACCACCUUAACAGCAACAGCAACAGCAACAACAACAACAACAACAAUAAUAAUAACUCCAUUGCUAUUAGUAACAACAAUAAAGCUCAUUUACAGGAACAAAAGCAGCGACAAAGUCAAGAACACGAACAAAACCCUCGCAAUCCCCAGGUUUACCAGAACUAUCAUUUCAUCCAGCAACAACAACAUUUUCAAUACUUGCAAAAUGCUCUUGCUAACACUAUGAGCCAACUUCAACACCAUCCACCAUACCAUGGCCAUGCUGUUUUUAAACCCAACUACAUGCAAGAUGUGUUUUUGAAUGACUCUUGCUCAUUAGGUUCACCUGUUAACUCAAUCGAGAAUUCUGGCUGUACUACAACUAAGACAACACCAAUUAUCUCGCCCAUGUCAUUGAAUGACAAUGUGUUGCCACCACCUAAUCAUCAUGAUUUUGAUACAUUUAUGGGGAAUAAUUUUGUCGAUUAUACCAGUUCUUAUAAUCCCGAGCAUACUUUACCGUCGCCGCUGUCACCGCUAACUAUGGUUUGCAAUGAUGGUAGACGCCACGACGAUCACAUGAACUUUGCCUCAACUUUUUCAGUUCAUCCAGCGUCAUCAAAGUGUGCCAUCCAACAUUAUGGCAACUCUAAUCAAGAAUUAACCAAAGGUUAUCCAAACCCAAACUCUUUGGUUUAUAAUACAACUAAUAAUUGCAUCAACAACAACAGCAACAGCAACAACAACAAAUAUUCCCUGCAUGAAUAUAAAGAUACUAGAAUGAUGGAGAUGGCCACACCGGAAUCUCCACACAAACGGAACCUGUUGCCUAAUACUCGGGUACCAAUCAUUCCAACUUCCCCCACAUUUCCAAUUGCAUUGAAUUUGAUUCAUAGUAAUGCUAACACCAAAAGACAUAAAUCUUUGGGCUCUGCUACCUCCAUGUUACAGCCACCAUUGGAGGAUAGCAGAUUAAUGAAUAGCGGCCACGCAGAACCAAUGAAGAAGAGAUUAUUAUCGAGAUUUUCGUCACGGUUAAUACAAAAGUUGAGACUCGCUGAAAGUGAUAUGAAAUGUCGUAAGCAUUGCAACACUAGGUUUGGAAACUACUUAGAGUUGAUUGACCAUUUUGAAGGGCAUGGCUUGCAACGGUACUUACUGUCAAGAACUUUUAUUUGUCCAGUUAAAGAGUGUCCUAUGAAUAUGAUUGGUUUUGAUAAACGAGCAGAGUUGAGACAUCAUGUCCAUUCCGAUCAUGUCACUCAUGGUUUGGUCAGCAUUCAGUAUGCCAAAUACAGUGAAGAAAUCAAAGAGUUUUUGUUUGUUUGUGACGAAGAAAAUUGUGGGAAAGGGUUUUAUAGAAGUGAUACAUUGACUAGACACAUUAAAUUGGUCCAUAAACGUGAAAAGCACUUUACUAAAAGAAAAAGAAGACAAGUGGUUGCUCAUCAAGAAGACAAGGCAAUUAAAAAAUCGAAAGGUUAG